UCCACCACCGUAGGCUACGUCAGACCUAAAUAGUUUCGGCUAACUCACAGCUAACUGCUUGUUGAGACAUCAUGGCUUUUUCCUUGUACUCCCUCAUUCAAGCGGCAAUCCUGUGUGUGAAUGCGGUGGCUGUAUUACACGAGGAAAGAUUUCUAAGUAAAAUUGGCUGGGGAGUGGACCAAAGUGUCGGAGGGUUUGGUGAUGAACCAGGUAUCAAAGAGCAGCUGAUGAACCUUAUUCGCUCUGUGAGGACAGUGAUGAGAGUGCCAUUGAUUGCAGUGAAUUCGGUCUGUAUCGUGCUGCUGUUGCUGUUUGGAUGAAGAGUAGCAGUGAGUGAAGAUGGGACAAACCAGCCUGCUGUCAGGAGAACAUCUCCAUCCAUCACCUCAGGAUCCCCUUUGACACACAGAAUGUCUCCUGUCAGCCUGAAGAUGAAUGAUGUUGUCAUGUGAUGUGCCACAUUUAUCAGUACAUGGGAUAUUAUUUGAUUUAAUGCCCUUUUCUCUACAGCAUUCAAGUCAUUCAAAAUAAGUACCUGCAGCUGAUUAACUCCCCUGUUCUUUUUGAAUAGUACAAUAAAAUGCAGAAUAGUUUGCACUUCAUUUACUUGUUCAUGAAAAUAUUAAUAUACAAAUCAAAUGU